CUUUUUGUCAAUUGUCAAAAGACGAGGACAUUGUUUCAGCCAUGGGUCGUGUCAGGACAAAAACCGUCAAGAAAGCGGCAAAAAUCAUUAUUGAGAAAUACUAUACAAGGCUAACUCUUGAUUUUGAUACCAACAAGAGAAUAUGUGAGGAAAUUGCAAUUAUUCCAACCAAACCACUACGAAACAAAAUUGCUGGAUUUGCCACUCAUUUGAUGAGACGUCUCCGGCACUCUCAAGUGCGUGGAAUUUCCAUAAAACUGCAGGAGGAGGAACGUGAGCGACGUGAUAACUAUGUCCCAGAAGUAUCUGCUCUUGAACAUGAUAUCAUUGAAGUUGACCCAGACACUAAGGACAUGUUGAAAAUGCUUGACUUCAAUAACAUCAAUGGCCUGCAGUUGACACAGCCUGCCACUCAAGGUGGAUAUGGUGGCAGACGUAAUUAAUAAACGUUAAGU